GGGAAGGCUCCAGUCGGGCUUGGAGGUCUGGAAUUCUGCCCACUUGUGUUCUGUGUCAUCCUUCUGGAAUACACAAUGCUUUUCCCUCCAAAGGAAGGGCGGCCCCUUCCCCUUAGUACAACUGCAGGUCCUUGGGCCAAAUUGGACCCAUAUGGGAUGCCAACUGCCCCUCUACCCUUCUCUCUGGAAGGGUAAAAGAAAGGCAUGGCCGGACAGCACCAGACUCUUGCCGGUGUGGGUGGCCCCUUUAGGCAGGUGGGCAAGGGAGAGAUGGUGGCCCAAGCAUCUCUCUGUUUAUUCUUGGCCAGCCCAGAUUCAAAAUGGCAGCACCCCUUUCUCUCCCGAGUCCCCAGCUUAGCAGAGGGCCAGGGCAAUGCCACAAAGCCAGGAACCUGGAGUGCUUUUCUUAAGCUCCUGAAAUGGCUCGCGUGGUGGGUGGGAGGAUGACAGACACAAGCCCCCUCCUCCCUGCCUGUGGGAUUUAAUCUUUGAGGCAGGCCAUGCUAGUGCAUCCCAGAACGUCUCCGCUCAAGAUGUCAAAAGGCUCCAUCUGUCUAUUUUAAGGCUGCAGGGAGGCGGUGGGAUUAGCAGGGCAGGCGAGCUGCUGCCCAUGCGUGCUGCCAGAUGCUCCCUCAGUUCCUCGUCAAGCCCGGGCCUCCGGUUUCCUUCUCCCCUCUCUUCUUCUCCUCUCUUUCCCAAGCGAAUGGAUUUGAUUGCCCCGAGGGGCGGCUGCUCUGAAUUUGUAAGCAUUUAUAAGAAUUCAUAAUGUGUGAGGCAAUGCACACAUUUCUGACUGCAGAGCCGUACUGUUCCUGCUGCUCUCUCUCAGCACCAGCUCCCUACAUUUUGCAUCCUUCCCUGAAGCUUUGCCAGUCAUGUUCCAAGGCAUCCAGAGUCACUAUUAAUUCUCCACCUGUUGUAUUAAUUUAGGGAGAAGAGCUGCUUCAUCUUUGACAUUUUAGAAAGGUUUUUCCUUUUUUGUUCUCAGUUGAAAAUGUUAGAAAGGUCUUUCUACACAGACACAAGAUAUUUUAAUGUUUUUACCAAAGUUAAUUUGAUGCACGCUCAUCCAGAUGAGCUGAAACUCCCCUUGCAUGGGAGCAGCCAGUUCAGUAGCAUGAAUGUUUUAUUUGGAACAACUCAUGCUCUGGUUGGGAAGAGGAGCUGACUAGGGAACACUAGCUAGGAAUAAAUGCCCUGAAAGGGCUUAGUUUUCACAGAACUGCUCCCAGAGGUCUCUUUGGGGUUCCAUUGAAAGUGGUAGAGAUAGAGAAAUCCCAGAAGGAAAAUACCAUUCAGUAUUUCUAUAAACCCUCAGAGGGUAUCACGCCAGGUGGGGAGAGCCUCUUUCAACCUGGGGGGGGGUGACUUCCAUUUAGGGGAGACCCUCACGGGGUGGCACAUAUCAGUAAGAGGAGGGGCCGAAGGCCCAAAGAGUGGCGUGAAAAGCGAAGUGGGCAGGGCAUUUAGCAAAUGUUCUGUCGUAUGUUAGCUUAAAGCUCUCUCUGCCAGCAAUUCAGAACUUCUCUGCAUGAAGCUGCUAACUGGCCACUUGCCCAAGACUCCGGUUUCUGGACUGGCUCCUUUAGGUGUGGUUUUCCUCCAGGGUUUUUCUUUCUCUGACUUUCAAAGGGUUCCUUUGCCCAGCCACAAGGUGCUGCUGCAGUAUAACAGAACUGUGAAAAUAAGCCAGCUCCUAAGAGCAUGAUUUCCAGACAUUUCUCCAGCUAAAAGAAGCCCCGGGAAUGUUUGGAAAGCUUGGAGAGGUCCUGGAGGAGAGCUUGGUCCUGUAAAGGGUUCAUGAGAUACCAUGAGUCAGGAAUCACGCGUCCAUGUAACUGCCUCUUCUAGAAAGGCCAAAGAAAAGCUUUGAAACCUUUUAAGGAGGUAAGCAGACACAAUUGGGAAAAUGAUCCAUGUCUGACCAUCAGCACUAAGGGGGCGUGGCCUUCUGUGGGACCCCGGAGGGCCAGUUUUGGCUUGUACACAUGAGGUUUGCACCUCCAAUUUAGGCUAGUUCUCUGCCCUUUUUCUGAAAAGAAUGAGUAUUUAAAAUAGAGUAUACAAAGGUGUGUUUGAUCAAGGAAGGCUCGGUAGGGUUGGGGUAGGCAUUGAGAUCUCACCACAGUUUGGAAGUCGGUAAUUGGUACAGAAGGUUCUUUCUUGGAGGAAGUGGGUGGUCACAUUGCAGAGCGGGUGCAAGAGGACUCUGGGGGCCUUGGCUCCGUGCUUUCGGACUGGGGACUUGCUCCCCACAUUGACAAAGCCCACCAGCAAGGGGACCGGCGGUGAAAGCAAGUUACUGACAAUGCAAACAAAAAAUAAUAGUGUCCCAGGGAAAAAUGGAUGUUGGUCACUUUAUUCAAGGCCUUUCCUAAAUGGUGGGGGUCGUUACAGACUUGAUAAUGACAUCACGGGAAAGUCUUGAACUGAAGGGAUGGACGUCAUAUUGGUCCUCCUAUGUACGAAAAGUAGAAGAGGAAAAUCCAGCUAAGCAUAGGCCUCUCGGGACACCAGCUUCUGCAAGGCCGCGAGAUUCCGUGCGGUUGCAGCACUGAGCCCAUGCGGCCAACAUGCUGGGACUUGGCAGGCUGAGCGCAGCACACCCUCCCGCAGCUGGUGGGGAAAGCGCGGCUCCGGCGGCCUGCUUCUCUGCACUCUUGGAGAGGGGAAAAGCAGAGCGCGCUGUGGGUGGGAAGGGGAGCAGACUCUCAGCACCCCCCCUCCCAUCCCUCCUUCCCUGAGCGCCUCCGUCAAUGGCCACCUGAUUAAAAGGCCUGGGCACGAUGGACGGUGGUGGCAUUCACUGCUCCUGCGGCUACUCCGGCCGUGAGGUGCAAGCCAGCCUCUGAGGGAGCGCGCUGGAUUGUGCCUCAGUUCACUCGAUGUUCUUGGGGCUGCGCUUCAUUUUCUUUUCCAUUCUUCCAACAAACUUGCAAGGCGCAGUUGUAUUGCUGCAUUAAAGGUGCGGUUCUCCAGUUAAAUGAGAAGAAGAUCAUGCCAGCAGGGAUAUUAAAAAAAGGAGGCAUCUGGCUUAAUUGCUUUGUCUUUUAACCACUUGUGGGGCAUAAAUAGAAAUUAUAAUAAUAUCUUAUAUAUCUAGCUUUAUCAGUUUAUAUUUACUAGCCAAGGUUACCUAGGUUAAUGGAACACAAUGAUUAUAGAAUGUAAUUGUUUUUGUUUCAGCUGAAUAACUUGCUUUACUGCAUUUAGUACAACCCCCUGCAUGCUUUCAGCUUUACUAAAUCAAAAUUUAAAUACCUUAUGUAUUACAGGUCAAAUGGGAUAACGUCUAUUCACUUCAUGAUAUAGAAUAACCUCUGAAUAUUUUCUGUAGUCCUAACAAAGGAACAUCUCCAGUCAAUAAUGGCUUGAUUGUUAAUUCCUCCCUAAAAAGUAGGUUUGAAUGUAGACAUUUCUGUGCAGUAUAAUCUUUAUUUUUUAAAGGAAGAGGUUACAACAGCAGUUCAACAGGUCUGGCAGUCUGAUAAUUUACCUCUUUCUCUGUUUUCUGCCCAGGGAUUGGCGUUAAUCUUUGACUGCCUCAUGUAGCUGCUUCAUCAGCCGUGUGGUUAGCUUCCAAAUGGUUACAUAAUGUGGGCGUCAAAGGAUGCUCAGACAAAAGCCAGGGCAGGGACAGAACAACUGUAUCAUGGCGGCCAGCCCAGCGGAUCUGAUAGAGCCAUUCGAUGGGGAAGAAACGGGUGAGGAACUUUCACGAAAGAAAAAAUCCAAGUUUCAGACUUUCAAGAAUUUCUUUGCCAAGAAGAAGAAGAAGAGCAAAGAGCUGUCAUCUCCCAUGGGAGGAGGGAGCAGACUGAAAGCUAGCCAGUCCAGUAGUGAUGUCAAUAUUGAUUCCAGCCUACUCCAUGCAGCUGUGGAGCCUGGAUCCAAAGGAAGCAUGGGGAACAAAGCCUUAUCGCACGACAGUGUUUUCAUUUUCGAAGCAUUGCCAGAUGUUGCCGGCCAAAUGGCCUCACAGGAAAACCUUCCUGGGAAGGUGAAAGCAUUGCAGCUUCGGUUACAGCAGAACCUCAGGUUUGGAUCCCCCCCUCUUGUAAUUACAAGCAAGAAAAUGGAAGACACAGGGACCGUUUCAGAAGAUGACGGCUUACCCAGAAGUCCACCAGAAAUCUCCCCUCUUCAUGACAUUCUGACCUGUCCUGUAAGUAAGUCCGCCAACCCUGUCCAGCGCCAUCGCUCUUUGAGUUUAGGGGGGACAGACAGUGAAGAUGAGCAGGUGCCAUUGGGAUGCUCCUCCCGGCCUCUCAGCUCACCCUUCUCCACAGCCCUGGGCAGCCCCGCUGGGCCAACCUGCCACUUGCUUCCUGUCGACUUCAACAGCCCGGCCACCCCGCUGGGCUGCCUGGAUACCUCUGUGGCCAGGCAUCGGAUUGCCAUGAAUCCACGGAGGCAGAAAGCCUUUGCCCACAAAGCCCAAAACCUUUCCGUGGAGAAAGAGCAAGAUCUUCUUGGACCUGCUGAAGGAAAAACAGGCCACGAAGUAUCACGUCAAGGAUUUGAUGGCCAAGAGAAGAACCGGGAAGGCCCUUCAACCCGGAAUGCGAGUAACUUAAACGGGAGUUGGACUAAUGAUGUCUUUCCCAUGGCAAAGACCUCCGACGUUUUGCGGUAUUCUUGGAAUGCUGGCCCUGGCGUGGACGAGCAGCAUAUUUUGGCGUCGGAGGACCAGAACUUUCUGGUAACAGAUCUCCAGGCAAAUGUGACAGUGUCCCGUUCAAAGCCAUCCUCUUUGGUAAAGGCAGAAGGAGAAGGAGCAAUGGAGGAGGAUGUAGGAAAAAGAACCGGCUACCCCAUCGAUGACCUUGAGCUAAACCCACAGAGCUUUGGGAAAGGACUAGUGGAGAAUACUGAACUUUCUCAGGCUGAUGCAAAAGCCACUAGACUUUGUGACACGUUGCUCCUGGUCUUGCAUGGAAAUGCAGGAGAAAACCUUCAUUAUGAAACAAACUGUCCCCGUGGACCCUCCUUCCAGCCAGGGGACCAAAAAGCAAAAGGCUGUACCGCUGGCAGUGGCGUGACUCACGUGGAUGGAGUGGGAGACAGCUCUGCCGCUAGGGGCACAUCUGCCAGCCUCGAAGCAGAGCCGGUGUUGCCCAUUUUACAGCUUCCUGCAUCGACGUUGGAGCCUUCCUCAGGAGCAGCAAAGCCCACGGCCUCAGCCCUCGGAGACGGCACAGCCAUCACUGAAGCGACAAGAAGCCCUGCAGACGGGGAACCGCAGUCGUUUGAAGGCCGCCUGGAGCAAGCAGCCUCUCUGCCAAAGAAGUCGGCCGUGGUGGAUGCCAAUCUGGAUACCCUUCUGCUGCAGAGGGCAGUGGGUGAUAGCUCACGUCUCCUGAAGGAAGUUCACUGCUCUCUGUUGAGCAGCAGCCCGAGCACGGAAGAGGCUGAUGUCGUUCCGAAGCAGGGUGAUCUUCCUUCAGGAGGACUACAUGCUGCAGGACUGGCUGAGAGUGCCUCUAACGGCAGCCUUCCUGAUGGCCAUACUGUGGACCAGCUGGGAAAGGUGAAAAUGAGGGACGAAAGGAAAGCCCCAGAAGAGACUGCCAAGGCCCAGACAAAGGCUACCUCUGCUAAGCCGGUCAGGUUCACCAUCGCGCCUGCCUGGCAGAGGUCUCUCUCAGGAGGGUCGAACCCCGUAGAUGGUCCCUGCCCUAGAAGCACCCCGUCUUCACCCAUAAGGCCAGAGUUGUUUGAAGGUGCACCCCAGUUUGAUACAGCGUCACAGGGCUGCACGCCAAACAGCCCGGAACAACUGGAGAGGGUUCACAGAAACUUUGCAGCCAACUUGACCCUUGCUCUCGAGUGGUCAAGUGACGAUGGGCAAGGCCAGGAGAGCCCAUUUGGCGUGAAGCUGAGGAGGACAUCUUCUUUAUUAAGAUACCAAAUGGAGCAGGAGAAGGCCCCGAGGCAGGUUCCCCCAGCAGCUUCUGGAAGCUCCUCCAUCUCGGCCAAGGAUGAGCCAAAGCCAGCAACUUCUCCCAGCCUCACAGCCAGGACCAAAGCGUUGGUCGCAAAACCCAGCUUCAGCGAGGAGAAAAAUCCCGGGAAGGCCAGACCAGAAGACGGGGCAACCAAACCACACACCAGCAGACCUUUAGAGCAAACUCUGGCUGCACAUUUGGAAGCCCCGUCCUCUGAACCAGCAUGGAUUUCGAUGGCAAAACUGAAACAGAAAGGCUUCCAGGGCCACCCCCUCGCCAAAGCAGAAAAAGAGGGGAAGAAGCAAACCGGCUUUUCUCAGCAGGAAAAGGAUGCAAAUACUACUCGUGAGAAUGUAUUGAAGAAGGGGAGCUCUCACCAUGUCUGUACACUUGAAAGUAAACAACAGUCCAAGGUGACUGCAUCACUUACAAAAGGCUUCAGCCACUGUGAGCGCUCUUCCAGCAGCUUUUCCCAGUCCGGUGCCCUCCAGCUCUUUGGGAAGACAAUUCCCAGCAUUCCUGAACUUUGGCCUUCCUGCCUGGAGCUGACAGGAACUGCAACUCCAUACCUCUGGAGAGGCACCAGGUGGAGGUACAUUGAUCUAGCUGUUGGAAAGGAGGAUUGAGGAGUCGGAUUGCAGAAGAGAGCUACGGAGAAGGAGCUCUCCUUUCACUCGCUAAAGGUGGCCAUCGGUAUUAAUACACGACGUCCUUUUCCCUGGGAGUGCGGGAGAAACGUCAGCCGGGCUUCGCUUGGAGCCAGACGGCCUGCUGAGGUCCUCACACUUCGUCCUCCCAAGAACAGCAUUCUGGGACAGUUGAGAUGGUGUUUCCGGAGGGCCUUGGGCAGGGAUGCCUUGCCGUGGGAUGCCCGAACCUUCCAGGAGUCUGGAUUGCUAGCAACGGAUGGUGGGGCUGGCUUUUUGGGAGGGUCCAUGCAGAGUUAGACUCCAUUUCCGAGCAGCAAGCGUGAGCUCAGCAGCAGUGUCGGCGGGUAUCCGGCAUGCCCACUGCCAGGGAUGGGCCCGCAAGGGAUGGCUCAGGCCACCAGCUGCUUUGGCUGUCAGUGCCAGCUGGCAGGGCCAGAGUACAGGAAAGCUGGAAGUUGUGGGUCCACGUAACUGGAGCACCCCUGGGGGCAGAAGGCUGGGCUUCACAUUAGGGGGCUGCUGUUGCCUGGAAAGCUUCCAGGCCAAGCGGCAGGAACUGCCCUCCUCGCAGUGUCUUUCCUGCCUCAGAUCCAAACCUGGCUGAGCAGUCCUCUGCAGAACGUGCGCUGGAGCUGGUGUGCUUGGUACCUGCACCGGCAGCUGCUUGGUGGGAUCAGCCUCAAGGUUUGCAGGCAUGGAAGCCACUGUGCUGUGCGUCCUGUCACUUGGGCCCCGGCUGUGCUUCUGAGGGUCACCUGGGACAUUGUGGCACCUUGACACAUCAAUCAAGAGACCUCGCAGGCCCCACGGCUCUGCUCCAUCUGCUUUUUUGGAUGCAACGUGUAUGCAUCUCAACCAGCUGUGUGGUGUCAAUAGCCUACGUCAGAGAUAGGCAAAAGGUAGGUCCCCAGGUGCUUUGGCCUUCAACUCCGCUGCAGCACUCACACCUCCCAAGUCUCCUCGGCACUGGCCAUGGCUUCAGAGCAGGUGGUUCUGCUCCCUGCCCCAGAGAACAGACAGCUUCUCUUGUUCCUGGUGACAUUUUUGCCACUAGUCCGGAAAUCAGCAAGGAAAUUCUAAUCUGGAAUUAACCCUAAACCCUCUUCUGAUGAUCCCCUUUAGUAUCCACUGAUUCAACGCCCUUCUUCUCUGCAAAGGACACCAAAGCUUUCUGUUGGGAUUUUUGUUUUUUCUGUUUUUAUCAUGCCUCUGUAUACCUUUCAAAUGUACGGUAUGUAUAUACUUUUGUGGUAAUCCUUGCAUUUCUGAUCCCCUCCUUUUCUUCUUUUUAAAAUUUUAUUCCCCAGUUUUUUGGUUUAUUAUUAAAUGCUUUUGUCAUAAUGGA